AUGGGCGAGUACUGCGCCCCGGCGGCGGCGGCGGCGGUGGAGGGGGAGCGGCCGGUCGCGGUGUCCGUGCUGCCGCUGCCCUCGGUGGUGGCGGCGGGCAGGUACCUGUACGGCGACUACGACCGCUGCUCCACCAAGCAGGUCUUCGACAACCUCCACGGCAACAUCUCCCUCGACCCCUUGGCCCGUGAAUUUGUCGAUACAGAGGAAUUUCAGAGGUUGCGGGAUCUGAAACAGCUUGGCCUUACAUAUCUGGUGUUUCCCGGGGCUGUCCACACACGUUUUGAACAUUCAUUAGGUGUUUAUAGACUUGCUGGAGAGGCUAUGAACAAUCUUCAGAAGUACCAGGGAAACGAGCUUGGCAUUGACCGCAUUGAUGUGCAAACUGUGAAACUUGCAGGUCUCUUACAUGACAUUGGACAUGGCCCCUUCAGUCAUCUGUUUGAGCAUGAGUUUCUUCCUCGUGUUCAUCCAGGAUCAACAUGGUCCCAUGAACAUAUGUCUGCACUGCUUCUGGACAGCAUUGUUGAUAAACACUCAAUAGAUAUUGAACCUGAUUAUCUGAAAGUUAUCAAGGAAAUGAUAGUUGCAAGCUCUGACGUCUCCACAGCAGAAGGUGUGAAGGAGAAGCGUUUCCUUUACGACAUUGUUGCUAAUGGGCGCAACGGUAUAGAUGUUGACAAGUUCGACUACAUUGACCGUGAUUGCAGAGCAUGUGGUAUUGGGAGCAAUUUCCAGCACUGGAGGCUUUUAGAAGGUAUGCGAGUGAUGGGUGAUGAAAUAUGCUACCCUGCCAAAGAUUAUCUGAGCAUCCACAAAUUGUUCACAACACGUGCUGAUCUGCAUCGGACUGUCUAUACCCAUGCCAAAGUAAAGGCUGUUGAACUGAUGCUUGUGGAUGCGCUUGUUGAAGCGAAUGAGUACUUGGGAAUAUCUUUGCACGCAGAUGAUCCAGAGGACUUUUGGAAGUUGGAUGACACAAUCGUGAAAAGCAUUGAAACUGCUCCCAAUGAUGAACUGAAGAAAGCAAAGGAAAUCAUUCAACGUAUCCGCCGAAGAGAGCUCUACAAGUUUUGCAAUCAGUAUUCUGUUCCAAAGGAUAAACUGGACCAUUUCAAGAAUAUAACUGCACAGGACAUAGUUUGCUCACAGAUAACUUCAAAGGUGCUGCUGAAGGAGGAAGACGUGGCGGUCAGCAAUGUCAAGAUUGACUUGACGCGUGGGAAGGACAACCCGCUCGAAAGCAUCAAGUUCUUCAAGGAUUUUGGAUGCGAAGAGAAGUUCCCGAUCACGGACGAACGCGUGAGCCACCUGCUGCCCGUGUGCAACCAGGACAGGAUCGUGAGGGUGUACGCCAAGAAGCCGGAGCUGGUGGAGGCGGUGUCGGAGGCGUUUGAGAACCUGCAGCUGAGGAUGUACGGGGAGAAGACGCAGGUGCACGACACACCCACCAAGAAGAAGCGCAGGUUCAACUAG